CUCGGUCACCCAGGUACUCUAAAAUUAUUUGAGUAAGUAUUGAAGAAUAAUAUAAAAAAAUUAAAAACAUGAACUAUAAUUAUACUAUAACUAUAUAUACCUACUGUAAUUGACAUGUUUCUAUUUACUUCCAAUUUUCGUACCUACCGGUUUUCAAGCCGGUAAACAUAUACGUCUUUGAUGCUUUCUGCCUGGUGGUAUCAAAAAAUAUUUUUAAAAUUCAUAUCAACUAUCAGUUUAAGAGUGGUUUUAAAUAAUUUUAAGUUUUCUGUGGUGGGAGAUUGCUGAAGAUUUGUGACAGUGUAAAGUUAUGGCUUGCAUUGAAUUCACUGUCAACGAAAAGAAAUGUUUUGUGGACGAGUCAACGCCGCGCGACACGACUCUAAACGCGUAUCUGCGUUACAUGGCUUUACCCGGGACCAAGGCUAUGUGCCAUGAAGGAGGGUGUGGAGCUUGCAUCGUGGCAGUGCGAGCACGCCGUGCCUCUGGGUGUAUUGAGACCUUCUCUGUAAAUUCCUGUUUGGUGCUAGUAUUCUCCUGCCACGGCUGGGAGAUCACGACGGUAGAGGGCGUUGGCAACAGGCUCGUAGGCUACAGCGACGUGCAGAAGCGCAUCGCUGCGCUCAACGCCACGCAGUGUGGGUACUGCACGCCAGGAUGGGUCAUGCAUAUGACCAGCUUACAGGACAAACACCUGACCAUGGCAGAACUGGAAAGGUCGUUUGGUUCCAAUACCUGCCGCUGCACUGGCUACCGACCCAUCUUGGAAGCCAUGAAAUCCUUUGCUGUUGAUGCUAGCCCUGACCUAUGCCAAAAGCUCAGCGACAUUGAAGACAUCAAGAUUUGCAACAAGACCAAAUCCAAGUGUGACCGUCGAUGCUCUGCCUUCAGCGACAGCAGUGACUGGAGUGUCAUCAGUGACCACCAUUUAGGGAAAGAUAACAUUAUCUCCUUCAGUUUUGGAAAGGAGAAGUUUUUCAAAGUGUAUGAAGUGGAUGACGUUUUUGAUGUAUUUAAAAAAUACGGCGUGGAUUCGUAUAUGCUCGUAGAUGGUAACACAGGAAAAGGAGUUACAGGAAUCCUCGAAUACCCAAGAUUGUUGAUUGAUAUCAGUGGAGUAAAAUAUCUAAAGAAAUACAGUUUUGAUCAAAAUUUUAUACUAGGCGCCAAUAUAACGUUAGAAGAUUGCAGAAUACUCUUCGAUGAAACCGCAAAAUCUAAAAGUGAAUUCUCCUAUUUGGCUGAUUUGGCGAAACAUUUUGAACUCAUCGCCCAUAUACCGGUUCGAAAGAUUGGUUCCCUGGCCGGUAAUUUGAUGUUGAAGCAUGCAAACAACUCUUAUCAGUCUGAUGUAUUUUUAUUGUUCGAAACUGUGGGAGCAGUUGUAGUUGUUCAGGACCGAAAUGGGAAGAAAAAGAUACUCACGUUAAUAGACUUCUUAAAAUAUGAUAUGCAAGGCAAAAUUAUGCUGAACAUUGAACUCCCUCCGCUGGGCAAUACACAUACAUUUAGAAGCUAUAAGAUAAUGCCACGCAAUCAAAAUGCCCUAGCGAUUGUAAACGCAGCAUUCCUUUUCAAAAUGAAUCCAAAGUCAAAGAAAAUUGAAGAUAUCAAGAUCUGCUAUGGAAACAUUUCGCCAACAUUCGUCCACGCCAAUGCUACAGAGGCCUUUUUGAAAGGGAAAAUUCUGUUCAAUAAUGAAGUUUUGCAAGCGGCCAUUAAAAUUUUAAAUAAGGAAAUUGUGCCUAAAUAUGACCCGGCCCAACCAUCCACUAGUUUCAGAAAGAAACUCGCAGUUAGUUUAUUUUACAAGGUGGUUCUCAAUCUUUGCCCGCCAAAUGCUCUUGCUCCCCGUUACCGUUCCGGAGCCGCUCUUAUCCACCGCCCUCUAUCUCAAGGCCACCAGGAGUUCCAGACUGAUUCCUCGCUGUACCCACUGAACCAGCCCUUGCCCAAGCUAGAAGCCACCAUACAGGCCUCGGGUGAGGCCACAUACUCCAAUGACAUACCCCCACUGCCCAGAGAAGUAUUUGGCGCGUUUGUGAAAUCUACUAUACACUCUGGAGAAUUUGUUGAAGUCGACAAGGACGUUUUGGACAUCGACGGCGUAAUAGCAGUUUACACCGCUGAAGACAUACCUGGCGUUAAUUCUUACGUCAUCCCAGGAUUCCCAUCAGAAACCAAAGACGAAGAAAUACUCGCAAGCAAAACAGUACUUUACUACGGACAGCCAGUAGCUAUUGUUGUGGCUAUCUCGGAAGCAUUGGCUGCCAAAGUAGCUGAAAAUGCUAAAGUAAUUUAUAAAAACGUUGCUUCAUCAGCUCCUGUUCUGACUAUUGAUCAAGCAAAGAAAGACAGCAAGAGAUACGUUGUACUUGAUGUCGGUAUUAAGCCUAAAGGGAGGGGAGAUGAUGUAAAGAAGACAAUAAAGGGUCUGUACAACGUUCCGGGACAGCGGCAUUACUAUAUGGAGCCGAUGACGUGUGUAGUGGUGCCGGAAGGUCAGGGCCUGAAAGUGUAUGACUCGACGCAAUGGAUGGAUAUGACACAAGCGGCGAUUGCACGCUGCUUGAACAUGAAAGAUAGCGACGUCCAAGUAAAAGUCCAUCGCAUCGGCGGGGCCUUCGGCGGUAAGAUCAGCCGACAUAUCCGGGCAUCGACAGCUUGCGCGCUCGUCGCCAAGUUACAGAAUACUCCUUGCCGAUUUGUAGUGCCGUUAAGGACUAAUCUUGCUGCAUCUGGCGGACGAACACCCAGCCAGUGCGAAUAUGAGGUCGGUGUAAAUGAUAAUGGAAAAAUCCAAUAUCUGAAAGCGACGUAUAUCCAAGACGUUGGUUGUUCGAUCAAUGAGGAGAUAUAUCAGAAGUUGGCUACGGAAUUCGGUAACUGCUACAAUACCGAUUAUUUUGAUCUCACGAUAGCCACUGUCACUACGGAUACACCAGCUAAUACUUUUAUGAGAGCACCAGGAACUUUAGAAGCCAUAGCUUGCAUCGAGCAUAUCAUAGAUCACAUCGCUUUCACCGUUAAGAAGGAUCCGACCGCCGUGCGUAUGGUCAACAUGCGCACCAAUGACAAUGACCUCCCCAUUCUCAUCCCGGCUUUCAUGAAGGAAACAGACUACGACAAACGUUAUAAAGCCAUCCAGGAAUUCAACAAAGCUAACCGCUGGAUGAAAAAAGCUAUCAAAGUCAAUAUCAUGGACUUUGAAGUUCAAUAUUACUGGAAUUACAAUGCUACUGUAGCUAUUUACCAAGGCGAUGGUUCGGUAACCGUUAACACGGGAGGAAUAGAGAUGGGACAAGGGAUGAAUACUAAAGUAGCUCAAGUAUGCGCUUACAAGUUGGGUAUACCAUUGGAUUUAGUUACCGUAGUACCGAACUAUUCCUUCUCUGCUGCUAACAAUGGUUUAAGUGCUGCAAGUGUGGCCACCGAAAGCGUUUGUUAUGCGGUCAUUCAAUGUUGCGAUAUUUUAAACGCCAGACUAUUGCCGCUCCGUGAAAAGAUGUCAAACCUGACGUGGAGUGAGCUCGCAAAGGAAGCAGGGAAACAACAGAUUAGUUUAACUGGAAACUACAUGAUGUCUGACAAGGAUGAAGGUUUAGAACCAUACCACGCGUAUACUGUUGCCAUUUCGGAAGUUCAGCUAGAUGUUUUAACAGCGAGAUAUGAAAUCUUGCGCUGCGAUAUACUUGAGGACGUCGGGUUGAGCAUGAAUCCUAUAAUUGAUUUUACUCAGGUGGAAGGCGCAUACAUUCAAGGCCUAGGCUACUUUACUACCGAGAAGCUAGUUCGAGACCCGAAGACCGGGCGACUGCUUAGCAACCGUUCUCUGAACUACCACGUGCCUUUGGCCUUGGACAUCCCAGCAGACUUCAGGGUUAAGCUGAGGUUCAACUCUAGGAAUAAAGUUGGUGUUUUGGGUGCCAAAGCCGUUGGGGAGAUGGGAGUAUGUACCGCACAUGGCAUCACCCACGUUCUUCGUCAAUGCAUACACGAGUCAAGGGCAGAAUCUGGAUACAAUACAGAAAAUUGGAUACACAUUGAUGUGCCAUACGAUGCAGAAUCAAUUAUGACAGCUUCAGGCGUCAAGUUAGAAGAAUUUCUUAUAAACGACCGUCAUAUGAGUGACUAAAAAUAUAAUAAAUCACGUUGUGUAGGUUAAGCAAAGUUUCCAACAAGUUGAUAAAGUUACCGGAAUGUUCAUGAAAAUUGCUAUAAAAGAAAAGAGUAAUUAGUUAAGAAAGUGGAACUUUAUCUCGGUGAACAUUUCAUUUCGAUAUUUUAGAAAGAUUCUAACAACACAUUACUUAAUGAAAGCAGCAUAGGUUAUUUAAAUUUAUUGUACUAUUGCACCGAAGAGAAGUUUCCAAAAUUGGGAACGUUCUCAUGGCUUCUUAGUUUUGUUCUCUGCACAUUUAUAGCCAAACUUUUCAGACUUCAGACGAUUUACGCAUUACUGUUUAGGUUUGAUGACUGUGGUGGCCGAUUCGCAAGCGGCACGACCUGCCACAUUUUUGCAUAGAAAACUCAUGCCACCUGAGCAUUUGAUGAGUU